AUGUGGGAACGCGAGGAUGCAUGUCGGCGUGGACUGCCUGUGGACUGUCAGUGGACUGUCACUCGUUCGUCAUCGAAACUGACAUUCGGGGUUCUUCCGUCCCCGACCGUUUCCAGCUCCUCUGGGGAGGUUAUCGGGCACGCCCGAUUGGGAGGUGCCUCGACCCGAUUGGGAGGUGGUGUGGUGGAGGUGAGGUGGUGCCUGGUGGAUCGUCGGGAGGGAUCCACCUCCCACCUUUUCGCCACCUCCCACCUUUUCGCCUCCUCGCGAGGAGAGACGCGGAGAGCGAAGCAGCUGGAGGCACGGUCUCGUGCGAUCUCCCAUGCGGAGCGAAAUGAUGCUGGAAAGUGGCAACGGCUUGUGCCUCUCGGGGGUCCCUUCACCCACGCGAGGGAGCGACCGAUCCUCGGUCGAUCGUCGGGGGUGCUCCGAGCCUCCUUGAGCCGCCUUCGUCCCCGCUUCGCCGUCCACCCCCUUCGUCCUCCGAUCCCCCUCGCCUGCCUCCAACCCCCUUCGUCCUCCGAUCCCCCUCGCCUGCCUCCAACUCCCUUCGUCCUCCGAUCCCCCUCGCCAUCCACAUCCGCGCGCCUCCACCGUCAUCCACCUCCCCCUCGCAGCUCCAGCGGAGGAGGGAAAGGGGAGAAAGUAGGGGUGUCCUUGCAAGGCCGGCCGUGGUCGACGCCGCGUGACCGCCGACCACCUUCCACACUCGCUGCCUCUCUCCCUCUCCCACCGUCCACACUCCGCUUCUCACCGUCCACAUUCCGCCUCCCCCUUCCCAUCGUUAUCUCCGUUCCUGCCUUCGCGUUCGGCCUCCUUCUGGAGAUCCGAGCCAGCGGGUCGGAGCGAGGGGGAAUGAGACGUGGGAAGAAAUGCAUGGAGCGAGAGCAAGCGCGGAUCCGGCAGGACGGAAUGUCCAUCAACCAGGUUGUUUACUUUUUCCGUUGUUACCGACUGAAGGAUGACGCUAUAGACCUGCUGAUCCGGAGACUCGGCGGGGAGGGGACCGAGCUGACGGAGAUGGCGCAGGACCCGUUCCUCUCGCAGAGCAACACGGACCUCCACAGCCGCCAGGAGUCGGCAGACUCGGGGCUGGGACUCGGCAACUCCACCUAUUCCCUCCCGCACACCCCCGAGGACUUCCUCUCGCACAUGGAAGACAUGGACUCCUCCUCCGGGCCGAGUAAUUCCAUGGAACUGGGCGGUGGAGACAUCAGCAUGGGAGGAACGGAUCCCACCGACAGCAACAUGGAUGACAUCAUACCAAGCAUCCAGCUGACGGAGAACGAGGAGAUCCCGACCGAGAUCUUCAACGAUCUCUUGGCCAACAACAAGAUGGACAAUGUUCUCACUUGGGUUUGAAGAGGCCGUCGAGGGGACGGGCGUGUGUGUGCGUGUGUCUGGGACGCGAGUCGCGACGUUCCGGUCGUGCGUGGACGCGAUGCGGGGUCGCGUGGACGCAGCCCGUGGCGUGCGUGCGGUCGCGUGGACGCAACUCGUGGUGCAAGUCCCAAAAAUCCUGACGCUCAAUUCCAAGGGCAUUCUCUUUUUUUUUUUUGGUUCUUCCUCAUUUCCGUGCAGAGAGAGAGCUCAUCGGUUGUGACAACUUUGUGGUGCUCGUCUGUGCCGCCGGCCGUGUCGUCGACAAUCAAAAGCUUGUAGUGCCUUUUACGAUUCCCUCCACGAUCGUGUUCCCCAUCCUUGUGUGCUUGUACAUUGUAUGCGACCCCCGAGAUCCUCUCUGCCAGUACAACUUGUACAGCUUCCCGAGCCGACUCCUUUGCAGCCUCACGUUGCAGCUACGCCGGUCGAUCCGCGUCGUCGUGCGUCUCGGCAGCUGGUAUCCGGGACGUUCGCGUGUCGGUCUCGCUCGACAUUGGUGUCGACCGAUUCUCCAAUUCGUGUCGACCGAACCGUCCCGCCCCGAUCCGCUCCGCCUCCGUCUUCUAUUCCCGCGAUAGAAAACCCACGGAUGGCAGACCAGAAUCCCCCCUUGCACGAAAUGUUGUAUAACGGACAGUUAGCGAUCCAUCUGUUGGAAUUGAAUUUUUAUUCUUGCACAUGACUAUGGAAGCUGUUUUCAAUGAGACAAUUUUUUUUUUCGUUGCGAAUAUGAUGAUGGCACCACGUGCAGCGUGCGUGAGAGACCGGGGCACCCCGUCCCGCGUCUCGUUAUGUACAGUAUGAUAUGUUCUCCAAAGUGCCACACUUUCCUCGUCCUCUUUUCUCCUCCUGUUCUUUCAAAUCCAGUGAUAGAUUAAAACUGAUCUUAUCUUUCAA